GAUCACAGUCUUCCGCCAGCCUAAGUCUCCAGCUAUCAAAUCAAAGAUUCCAUGUUAGUCGAGCAUCGAGAUGAUAGCAAUCAUCUGAUAUAAAUUGACAGCUUCAACGGGGAUGAAAGCCAGGUCAUAGCCUUCUUUGUAGGUCUUCAAGGUCGACUCCAGCUACCUUCUUCCUGUUGCUCCAAGAUUUCCACCAUGGCCGGUGCAGGGCGCACCGUCAAGAGAUCAGACAGCAUUGCAGAUGCCUUGCCUGAAGCACUCAAACAGAGCCGCUACCAGAUGAAGCGGUGCUUCGCGAGGUACGUCUCAAAGGGCAGGAGACUGAUGAAGAACCAGCAGUUGAUGGAUGAACUGGAGAGCACAAUGGAUGACAAGGUCGAGAAGUCCAAGCUCAUGGAAGGAUUUCUCGGCUUGGUUAUUUGUUGGACACAGGAAGCAGUUGUUCUUCCUCCAUUUGUGGCAUUUGCGGUUAGACAACAUCCAGGGAUAUGGGAAUAUGUUAAAGUCAAUGCAGAGGAUUUAUUUGUCGAUGAAAUCACUGCUUCGGAGUUCUUGAAGUUUAAGGAAACAAUAUAUGAUGAGAGAUGGGCAAAUGAUGAGGAUGCACUGGAGGUGGAUUUCGGGGCCUUCGAUCUGUCAACACCUCAUCUCUCCUUGCCUUCGUCGAUAGGAAAUGGCAUGCAAUUCAUAUCUAAAUUCUUGUCAUCGAAACUAAGUGAGAAUCCAAAGAACGCGAAGCCAUUGUUGGACUACCUGCUCGCGCUUAAUCACCGAGGAGAAAAGCUAAUGAUCAAUGGCUUCCUCGACACCGUGAGCAGACUCCAGUCAGCGUUGAUCUUGGCCGAAGUAUUUGUCAGUAACCUCCCCAAGAACAUGCCAUUCGAAAAAUUCGAACAAAGAUUUCAAGAAUGGGGUCUGGAGAAAGGAUGGGGCGACACCGCCGAAAGGGUGAAGGAGACUGUGAACUCUCUGUCCGAGGUUCUUCAAUGUCCAGAUCCUGUGAACAUAGAGAAAUUUCUUGGUAGAGUUCCGGCCAUCUUUAACAUCGUCAUCUUCUCGCCGCAUGGCUAUUUCGGACAAGCAGAUGUUCUUGGCUUGCCUGAUACCGGAGGCCAGGUUGUCUAUAUCCUGGAUCAGGUGAGAGCCUUCGAAGAAGAAUUGCUUCUCAGGAUCAAGCAGCAAGGUUUGACGAUUACACCCCGAAUUCUUGUGGUAACGAGAUUGAUACCAGAAGCCAGGGGGACCAAAUGCAACCAAGAACUCGAGGCAAUACUGAAUACAAAGCACUCACACAUCCUGCGAGUGCCAUUUAGGACCGAAACCGGAGUGCUGCAUCAAUGGGUUUCUCGAUUCGACAUCUACCCCUACCUCGAGAGAUAUGCUCGGGAUGCAGCCGCCAAAGUUCUUGACAUCUUGGAAGGGAAGCCAGACCUGAUCAUCGGCAAUUACACUGAUGGCAACUUGGUAGCAUCUCUCGUGGCAAGCAAACUUGGAGUAACUCAGGGUACCAUAGCACAUGCUCUUGAGAAAACCAAGUAUGAGGAUUCUGAUGUCAAAUGGAAGGAACUUGAUCCAAAGUACCACUUUUCCUGUCAAUUCACAGCCGACAUGAUCUCGAUGAACACUAGUGAUUUUAUCAUCACAAGCACAUACCAAGAAAUUGCAGGAAGCAAGGAUAGGCCUGGGCAGUACGAGAGCCACAAUGCGUUUACGAUGCCUGGGCUGUGCCGGUUUGCGUCGGGCAUCAACGUCUUCGAUCCCAAGUUCAACAUUGCUUCCCCUGGAGCCGAUCAAUCCGUCUACUUCCCCCAUACGCAGAAGCACAGGCGCCUGACUUCGUUUCAUCCUGCUAUUGAGGAGCUACUGUAUAGCAAACAAGACAAUGACGAACACAUAGGGUUCCUCGCGGACAAAAGGAAGCCAAUCAUCUUCUCCAUGGCAAGGCUGGACACAGUGAAGAACAUUACCGGUUUGGUGGAGUGGUACGGGAAGAACAGUAGGCUGCGAGAGCUCGUGAACCUCGUCGUCGUUGCCGGCUUCCUUGACCCCUCGAAGUCGAAGGACAGGGAAGAGAUCAGCGAGAUCAAGAAGAUGCAUUCCCUGAUUGACAAGUACCAAUUAAAAGGCCAGCUGCGUUGGAUAGCAGCACAGAACGAUCGCGUGAGGAACGGUGAGCUGUACCGCUGCAUCGCCGACACCAAAGGAGCUUUUGUGCAGCCUGCUCUGUACGAAGCAUUUGGUCUGACAGUGAUAGAGGCAAUGAACUGCGGCCUGCUCACCUUCGCGACCAACCAAGGAGGUCCGGCGGAGAUCAUCGUCGACGGGGUCUCUGGCUUCCAUAUCGAUCCAACCAACGGCGACGAGUCGAGCAACAAGAUCGCGGACUUCUUCGCCAAGUGCAGGGAGGACAGCAGCUACUGGAACAGGGUGUCCACUGCCGGAAUCCAACGCAUCAAUGAAUGCUACACAUGGAAGAUCUACGCCACCAAGGUGUUGAACAUGGGAACGUUCUAUGGCUUCUGGAGGCAACUGAACAAGGAAGAGAAGCAAGCCAAGCAACGAUACGUCAAGUUGUUCUACAAUCUCCAGUUCAGGAAAUUGGCGAAGACAGUUCCAGCUGUGGAUUCCACAUCCGAGGCUGUGCCAGUAUCAUCCAAGCCUCUAAGGAGGCCUUCGCCUCAGAUAACACGAAGGCGCACGCAAUCGCGAAUCCAAAGGAUGAUCACAGAAUACUUGACAUCAAAAAUACCUUCUGCCGAAGCCACCGGAGAUGCUUCUUCGACCAAAUAAAUCACUGCGUUAUUUGCAGGAGCCACAAGAGGCGUGGUUGCAUUUGUACUUCGGAUGUGUAUUAAUUUACGCAAUAAAACAGGGUUUGUGAGUAAAAUAAGAUUGAGAUUG